GGGGAGCCCGCCGAGGCGGGGCUCCGGGGUCAGACACCGGGCUACGGAGCCUGUAGAGCUCAGGGGCGGGGCGUGCAGAGCUCAGGGGCGGGGGCUAGGGAGCUCCCGGGAGGGAGGUGGAGGGCGCAGCCUGGAAUUAGAGAGCUCAGGGGCAGGGCGUGGAGGGCGCCGGGUGAGGCGGCCCGCUGCAUAGUCGAUAGGCUGGGCGGGGCUGGACGCUGGCGGUUACCGGCGGGGACGCGAGCCCCGGGCGCCCAGAUGCCCAGACUGGGGCGACCGCGGGCUCGGCUUGGCCGCGACCUCUCGGCACUCUUGGACCUGUGCACCCUGGCCGCCUGCCCUUGGUCCCCAGCCGGCCAUGCCCUCACCCGCGCCUCCCACCGAGCUGCUGCCGUGGGAGCGCGCGGUGGUCCUGCUGUCGUGCGCGCUGUCAGCGCUGGGCUCGGGCCUCCUGGUGGCCACGCACGCCCUGUGGCCUGACCUGCGUAGCCGGGCGCGGCGCCUGCUACUCUUCCUGUCGCUAGCGGACCUGCUCUCGGCUGCCUCGUACUUCUACGGAGUGCUGCAGGACUUCACGGGCACUUCGUGGGAUUGCGUCCUUCAGGGCGCGCUCUCUACUUUCGCCAACACCAGCUCCUUCUUCUGGACGGUGGCCAUCGCCUUCUACCUGUACCUCAGCAUCGUCCGAGCUGCGCGCGGGCCCAGCACGGACCACCUAGUCUGGGCUUUUCACCUCAUCAGCUGGGGUGUCCCACUGGCCAUCACAGUGGCAGCGGUCUCUCUAAAGAAGAUAGGCUACGAUGCUUCCGAUGUGUCCGUGGGCUGGUGCUGGAUCAACCUGGAGGCUGAGGACCGCGUCCUCUGGAUGCUGCUGACCGGGAAGCUGUGGGAGAUGCUGGCUUAUGUCCUGCUGCCUCUGCUGUACCUUCUGGUCAGGAAGCACAUCAACAGGGCGCACCAGGCACUCUCCGAGUACCGGCCCAUCUGUGAGGGGCGCCAGCUGCAGCGAGGCUCCUCCACCUCCAUGGCCGACAAGAAGCUGAUCCUCAUUCCGCUCAUAUUCAUCGGCCUCCGGGUUUGGAGCACCGUGCGCUUCGUCCUGACGCUCUGUGGCUCCCCAGCCGUGCAGGCACCCGUGCUGGUCGUUCUGCACGGCAUUGGGAACACCUUCCAGGGAGGGGCCAACUGCAUCAUGUUCGUCCUCUGCACCCAGGCAGUCCGCACCAGGCUCUUCUCCCUCUGCUGCUGCGGCCGCUAUCCUCGGCCCUCCACCCAGACCCCUCCUGGGGCUCCUCCUCCCCACAAGACAGGAGGCUCUCAGGAAUCCAGGCGGACCCCAGAACUGCCCAGCACUUGAGUGGCUGGCUUUCCUCAUCGUUCUCACCGGCGCUGCCUUCCAGCACCCUGGAAGCCCCAGUAGUGAAGCUGGGACCCCGGUGAAGGAGCGGCCAUCGGUGUAGCCUUGUCUACCUCCCAGACUCUCAGGCAGGGAGUGCGGCCCUUGCACACCGCGUCCUGGUUCAGUGGGGUUUCAGCCAUGCAGGGUGCUGCCAGGGCACUGGGUCUCAGUGGACUGGGGCCACCAACGCCGUUUACAGUUUGAGGGACCCAUACCUGUGGACCCAUCCCGGGCAUGACGGACAAAUGUGUCGUGAGUCCCAGACAUCACAGCAUGGAGUCCAGGCUUGCCAGGGCAUUGAGAUUCCUAGAGAGCCUGGGGCUGCCAGCAUUGCUCGUCAGCGGAGGCUAAUAGCCUCAAACCAGGUCCCAGGUCCACUGAAGUCAUGGGAAACUCUCUUCAUUGAGCAAAACCACCCAGGCACAUGCUCACGGGUAUCUCACGGAGUCUCUGCGUGGAUCAUCAGCCCUCACUGUUUAUUACAUUUGAAUUUCAGCACAGGCCAGAGUCCAGAGUCCUCCCAUUAGUCACUCAGAGCCUUUGGGCCCCCUCCCAGCACCAGCACAGGGGUCAGCUCAGCUCAGGCCCUGUGGUGGUGUCCUAUCCCGCCUGCUGUUCCACACCCAGGGCUCUCACAGCCUGUCCUCACAGGGGUUCACACACGGCAAGGUGGGAGGGGUCUGCCUUUGCACUUUGUUUAGAUUUGUGUGUGUGUGUAGGAAAGGUGAUGGGAGAGUUAGUGAAUCGUCCAAAUCCUGAUUCCUCCCUGAAGGUAAAUGUUUUGAGAUUCAGCCUUGGGCUGGGAUGUAGCUCUUCAUAGUUUCCAGGUUGGGCAUAGCACCAAAACCAUUUUUUUUAAAUUAUUUGUGGAUUAUAGGAACUUGAUUCUGAGAUGAUUCCAUUUUAUUUUACUAUUUUUUGAGACAGGGUCUCCUUAUGUGGACAUGCUAGCCUGGAACUUGAUAUGUAGAUCGGGCUGGCUUCUAACUCAGAGAUCCACUUACCUCUGCCUCUCCUGAUAAUCAAAAUUUUAAAAAAGGUUUUGUUUUGUUUUGUGUUUUCUGUAGUAGGGCCUUGGGCCUGUUGGGCAACUUUUCUGCCACAGGGUUCUAUCCCUAGUCCUUUUGUUUUCUGUUUUGAGAUCUCACUUAGUUGCCUAGACUGGCCUUGAACUCUGUCAGCCAGGCUGGACUUGAACCUGCGAUUUUCCUACCUCAACCUCCCAGGAAGCUAGAACUGCAGCCUUGGACCACCGGGUAGGGGCUUAAAUGAGCACCUGUGUCCCUUGCUACUCAGUGGCUCUUCUGCCAACACUUUCCUCAUUUCACAAGGCGGUGUGUGCCGAGUCGCAGGCUUGCCACACAAUGGGAAGUGUGCCCGCCACCUUGCAGGCGAGGUGAGGUAGCACCCUUGGAUUCUGUCAGUACCCCACAAAGCUCAGAGGCUAUGCAGAGCCUGGUAAAAUGGUUCUGGAUGAAAGCAAAGCCACACCGGAUUCCCACCUCUAUCAGGAGAGCAAGAGUCACUAUGUCCAUACCCUCCUUUUCUGGUUUCCUUGGAAAGCAUUUCUUUAGGAAAGCUCUACAAGGGGUGGGCUCCCUUUUGGGAGUCAAAGAAAGCACCUUGGCAGUGGGCUGUCUGCUUACAGAAACAGCCUACACAAGGCGUCCGUAGGUCCAGUGAAGAUGUUACAGCCGAUAUGUGCACUGUCAGCAUGCUGCUAAUGAUGAUCUCCUUGCUUCUAAAAUGGAACAGAAAUUCUAGGAAUUUGUUUCCUGUUGAGGAGAAAAUGAUCUACAAAGUACAACAGAGGAAAUGAUGUUGGAAUAAACUCAGCUGGGCACUGUGGAGCCCCGGCUGUUUGGGGCUUUGCUCAAGAAAAGGCCUGCAGAGGGAGGGGCCUUCAGAAAGCUCUGUGCUGGAGUUCCGGGCUCACCCAAGCUGUCUGUUGGUUGAUGCCAUUGGCCCGGACUGCUACCUGUUGAAAAACCCUCUUCAGGGUCUACCCUCGGCUCUUUCCAUCUGUUCCCCACCCCUGCCCUGUCACUGCAGGCGGCUGGUGGUAAUCCAUGACUCGGUGCCUUGCCUCUAGCCCUGUGAACUCACAGACAUCCACCUUAGCUCAGAGCUGGUGACCAAAUAGGCCUGCUGGGCACUCAGACUGCAGAACUGCAGAGGGAAAAAGGAGAAUCCUCAGGGCCCAGAGGCUGCCAGCUCCUGUUGUGCUUUGCUCAGUGCUAUUAAUAUUUAUCUGUCUGUCCCCUCAGUCACUCAAAUGUGACGUCAGCCUUAACGGGUGCUACAGCCCUUGCCAUGUUUCCCCCAUCACCCUUCGUAAGCACUUUGUGACUCUUGUUCUCCAAAUCAGUUGCCAGCUGCUUCCUGCCUCUGUCCUUCUGAGGCUGUGUGUGUGUGUGUGUGUGUGUGUGUGUGUGUGUGUUUCAGUUUUAGAUACUGGGGGAUUGAACCUGGGCCUUUGUGCGUUCCAGACAGGUAUUCUAACAUUUAGCUAUUUUCCUUCCCCCUCCCCCCAUGUGUGUCUGAAACAGGGAUUCUCUGUGUGGCCUUGGCUGUCCUGGAUCCACUUUGUAGACCAGGCCUUGAACUCACAGCGAGCGGCCUGCCUCUGGGAUUACAGGUGUGCACCACCACACCAGGCCCCAGCCAGCUUUCUAAAGCAUUUCAGUUUGUUCUGUCUCUCUCUCUUUUGAAAAAAAUAAAGAUUAUUAUGUAUUGGAAGCUCAGAGCACAAAGGAAA